AUGAAUAUUGACAGACCAGAAGCCCUUGAAAGAGAUGAACUCAUCUACCUUGCGCGUCUAGCAGAGCAGUCUGAGCGCUAUGAAGAGAUGGUUGGCUAUGUUAAAGCCUUCGUAAAAAAGACCGGCCAAGACUUGUCCGUAGAAGAGAGAAACAUUCUUUCAGUGGCCUACAAGAACGUGGUUGGCGCCCGUAGAACUUCAUGGAGAGUCCUGAACUCAAUCGAGCAAAAAGAAGAACGUAGAGGAAACGCAGCCCACAAGGCAGCUGCUGACCAAUAUAGAGCUGAUGUGGAAGCAGAAUUGAGGAGACACUGCGACGACGUCUUAAACGUCAUUGAUACUGAUCUUAUUCCAAGAGCCGCCAACUCUGAAGCCAGAGUCUUCUACGCCAAAAUGAAAGGAGACUACUACCGCUAUAUGUCAGAGUUCGCUCAGGGACCUGCCAAAAACGCCUCAGGAAGCAAAGCUGAGGAGGCAUAUUUGCAAGCUUUUGAAAUCGCCAAAAACGAAUUGCCUCCAACUCACCCUACGAGGUUAGGACUUGCUCUUAAUUUUUCAGUCUUUUAUUAUGAAAUUAAACAAGAGAAAGAGAAGGCAUGCGAUAUGGCAAAGGCUGCAUUUGACGAAGCUGUGCCAGAAUUGGAUAAUAUUUCUGAGGAAAGCUAUAAAGAUUCAACUUUAAUCCUGCAGUUACUUAGAGAUAAUAUCACCCUAUGGACAAGUGGGGAAGGAGAGAGAGACUAA